AAUCAUCUCUGAAUCGCCCAAUUUCCGCCGUUUCCCUGGCUUGCUCUCUCCUCAUGGGUUGCAAGCAAAGCCGGGAGAGUGCAGAAAACUAUGCCAACGAACUACCAGAGGCCAAGAAGGAGUCGAGCCUUUUGCUGCCCGAGGACGACUAUGUGCCCUCGAUCUGCGGCCUCCGUGGCGGUGACUUCGCCGUGGCCGGCGGGGAAGGCUGGUUGUACAUCUACAACAGCGAGGGGCAGCAGACGGUGAAGUUGAAAGCGCACCGGAAGUCGUUGAACCGCCUGAUGGAGUCGAAGGACCUCCUGUUCUCCGGGUCGUCUGAUGGCACGGUGCUCUCAUGGAAAGGCCUCAAAGAAGGCUGCCAAGAGCCAGUGCAGAAGUUCGAAGGACACUCCCUGGCGGUCAGUGGCCUGGACCUUCUCGAGGUGCGUGGAUCCUCUCGGAGGUUCACCGGACACACCACAGGCGUGAGACGCAUUGAGGUCCAGUCUCCUGGUCGACUUGACCUCGUUAAGUAUUGGUUUUGUAUGACCAUCCCCAGUAAAAUAAGGUCUUUGACUUGUAGGGGUUUGUACUCGGGAAGAAUUGGCUUCGUGAAAAGAGAGAGUCUUUGUUUCGAAUAGCGAUGGCCUCCACCCUAAUUAGUAGCGAUGCCCUUUGCUCCUAGUAGCGUCCUUGUUCCUAGUAGUAAGGCCAGGAGCCCCGUUGGUAGCGUCCUUGCUCCUAUAGCAUGAACACCGAACUAUUCCAUGUGACGCCGGUGUCCACUGCUUGCCGCGUGCCACGUGCCGUCGCCUGCCGCGUGCCGUCACGUGCGGAGCCGCCCCAGGCGGGUCUCUUCACUGGCUCC